UUACUCAAUUUAAAGCUACUAUAGAAAACAAAUAAAAAUGACAUCUGUUUUGGUGAUUCAGCAACACGCUUAAGCAUAUUUAUAAUCUUUGAUUUGAUAUCGUUACCAUAGUAACAACUUGGUGUCGAGACGUAAACACAAAUUUUUCAAAAUAAUACAAAAUCAUUUCUUAUUUCUUUCAAUGCCUUUGUGCGAACGUAAUGUUAAUGAUUCCAAUUUUAAAGAAAUUUAACAACAAAAGUUAUAAUUAUAUUAUUUCAGUUAACGUUCAUCGUUUUUGCUUAAAGAAGAUAUGACUUUGUACAUCGAUACAAAGUUAAAAUUCAUCGACGGAAACGUUGUUUCGACAAUCGGUUCAUGGCACCCUUCCCUUCCUCUUUUAGCAGUCGGUUCAUAUAAUCAAGAAAAAGGUGGAUUUGUUACUAUAUUUCAGGAAAAUGGAAAUGCUUUAGAAGGUUGCGAAUGGCCAACUCUUUUAUCAAAUCAAGUUACAGCAUUAGCAUGGCACCCAAUAAGGAAACUUUUAGUUGUUGGUUGGGAUGGUGGAGAAUUAUAUUUAUGGCUUGAAUAUUCUUGGGCUCGACUAGAAGCGCCCCAUAGUACUGCUCUAACUACAGUGAAGUUCAGUCCUGGAGGUGGACGGUUGAUUGCAUCUGAUGCUGCAGGUUCACUCUCUGGAUGGCAGUCUGGGUCUGGGGCCCCAUUAACUGCAUUUCAUCAUCAACUUGGGGAUGUCAUAACUCAUAUUCAAUUUUGUUCACCCCAUUCCAACACAGAAUCAUCUAUUAGGGGUCUAGCUAGAGCAGCGGUUGCUGGAGAUGAGAAUGCAUUAGAUGCAUUGGCUGCUUGGAGACCCCGGACCACGGCUAGGGUGAGGGAAGGAGUCCAGCCAGAUAAUUAUGCAUGUUAUGCUGCUCAAGACAAUGGUAUUAUUUUGUAUAUUGACCAUGCUGGUGCUUGUUCAGAGGUUCUUAAUGCACCGGGCAAUGUUGUAUUUAUGGACAUUAUUGGUAGCAUGUAUCUUCUCAUUGCAUGGGAGUCAGCUGGAGCACUGAGCUUAACAAGAUUCAUUACAUCUAAUGAUGGUUCCCUGACCACAGAUACACAUGUUAGAAUGACAGCUAGAAAUGGACAAUGCAUAGUCCUGGCAGGAAACUUUUGUGUUGCUGUUAUAACCGGAGAUAACUUAAUAAGAAUUUGGGACAGUGAAAAUGGAGACAAUGAUGUACUACCAAAUGAAAAUGAAGAUACUGUCCAAGGGGAUGUAUUUACAAGUAUUAGUUAUUGUAACUUGAGUGAUACAUUAUGUUGUGGAACAUCCCAAGGUUACUUGUAUCUCUGGAGACGAGAUCCUAGAAACACUUGGAAACUCAUUAGUAGUACAUCAGUGAAAGGAACUGUGAAAGAAGUAAGUUGGGGUUCAGAAGGUUUGAUGAAUCCAUUGCUGCAUGUCAAUUGCAUAACAAAUGCCUUUAUUCUCCGUGAGCAACAUGUGUGUUGGGGAUUCUCACAUAAUAUUCAGAUGGUGCAAAAGUCAGCUAAUGAAAUAGCUGUCACAGAUAAACAUAUCGCUACAUCAACUAUUAAUUCAACAAUAACUAUCAAGGCUCUAGCAUUUAAAGAAAAUUAUGUAGCUUUAGGAGAUGGAAAUGAAGUUCAGAUAUGGAUGUCCAAUAAAGAAAAUGAUUUAAAAUUUUCCCUCUUACGCACAUUUUCAUGGAAAACGGAUGUCCUUAUAAUGUACAAUGACAUACUUGUUGGUGUUGUCAAUCCACAUGUUGAGUGUUACAAUCUCAUUGGAAACAAGUUGGGCAUCUUGCCCAGUUCUGAAAGUGAAGGGGAGCCCAUUGGAAUCACAAAUACGAACAAGUAUAUUGUUAUUUCAACUAUUGAUGGUACUUUAAAACUCGCCGAAAUAACGAAAAAAGGACUGAGAACGCCUUACCCUCCAAAAAAUUGUUAUCAAAUGAUGGAAGAUUUUGGUGAAAUCAUGAGAGCUUCUGUGAAUUCAUCUGGACAAUACAUUUGUCUCAGUAUCGCUAAUUCCGGUUUAGCACCUGAUCCCAGACUCUAUCUAUGGGAUGUAGCUAAUGAUGUAAUUACAAGUACUUUAGUAUCGAAGAACUCAGUUCCCCCAUAUCAAUGCGUUCCUAUAACUAUAUUGUGGGAUAAUAACGAUCCGAGACUUGUCAGUGUUCACAUGAGGUCAGCCGACGUUGAUAGUAUUCACUUGUUCUUUUGUCAUGAAGGAACACUUUAUGAAUAUAAGAAUUGGUGUUCAUCAUCAGAAGAAUAUUAUUUAUCCGAUUUCGUACUUUGUACUAUCUAUACACCAUUUGUUGUUAUUCUUACACACCAGAGUAUUAAAAAAAUUCUAAUGCAAGGAUUCGACGAGGAUGAUCAGGAUCAAAGUAAACAUCGAAAUGUUCUAAAUUUCCUUCACUAUAUGACAACUGGGAAUCUAGAGAAAGCGGUUGUUGUCGGAACGACUAUAUCGACCGGUAAUAAAAGUGCUCUUAUAUGGGAUAGCCUGGCCAAGGUUUGUGUUUCGCGAAAACGUGCAGAUGUCGGAGCUAUUUGUUUGAGUAAGAUGGGCGACAUUAAAGGGGCAUUGAUGCUGCGGCAAGCAAUGAACGACGACAGUAUGGACGAGACCUGUAAAGUAGGAGUACUGGCUGUGAAUUUAGGAAUGAUAGAGGAAGCUGAAGAGUUAUUUAAAGAAUCUCAGAGACCAGAUCUAAUAACAAGAUUGAAGUCUGCUAAAGAGGGCGGACUUAAUGAAAUUAUUAAUGGUGAUAAUGAAAGCGAGAAUGUGCUGCUUGUGAAAAGCGCACAGCAUAAAUUGGCCAAAGUCUUAUGGGCAAACGGGGAAACUGGACCUGCUUUGAAAUUGUUUGAAAAUGCCGGAACUUUAGUACCUCACGUUCCUAGAAUGUUAAUUGCGCAAGGACAAGCGCCCGUACUCGAGCAAUAUGUACGUAAUUCUAAUGAUACGAAACUUAUAACAUGGUCGGGGCAUUACCUCGAGAGUGUUGGUGAUGUGGACGGGGCAUUAGAAGCUUAUGCCCGCGCCAACGACUUUGGAGAACAAACAAGAUUACUCUGCAACAUGGAUAGAAUUGAAGAAGCGGAAAAAUUGUGCCAGAAAAAUUCUUCCUCGCUGUAUCAAAUGGCGCGAUACUUAGAGAUAAAUAAUAAAGAACCUGACGCCGCAGUUAAGAUGUAUAUAAAAUGUGGAGUGAUAUCAUCGGCCAUCCGAGUGGCGGCGGAAGCGAACGCUUGGAAUUUGGUGUACAGGGCGGGGUCUGCGUCUACGAAGCACGCCGUCUACGCCGCAUCUAUUCUAGAAAACGCUGGUCAAAACGAUCAAGCUAUCGCCUUGUAUCAAAAAGCAGGCAAACCGCACAUGGCGCUGAAGCUGGCGCUGAGCUGCGGCGACACCGGCGCGCUGGUGAGUGCGGUGGAGACGCUGGGCGAGCGCGUGGACGCGGCGCUGGCGCAGACGCUCGCCGCGCACCUGCGCGCCGCCGGACACCACUCGCACGCCGCCGCCUUGCUCGCCACUGCUGGCAACUAUGAAGAAGCGUUGGACAUAGUGGAAGAAUCGAGCGCGCCGCUGUCGGAGGAGCUGAGCUCGCGGCUGGCGGCGCCGGCGGGCACGGAGGGGCGCGCGGCGCUGCUGCGGCGGCUGGCGGACGUGCUCGGCGCCCGCGGACUCUACCACCAGGCAGCUAAGCGACUAGCACACGCCGGAGACAAGGCCGGUGCGAUGCGCUGGUUGCUUCGGUCGGGUGAUGCGGAUCGCAUCGCGACGUUCGCGGCGGCGUCGCGCGAGCGCGUGGCGCAGCUGAUGGCGGCGGACUUCCUGCGGCGGCGCGGGGCGUGGCGCGCGCGGCCCGACCUCACGCGACACGUGCUGCACUUCUACACGCGCGCUAAGGCGUACGCUAAACUCGCCGCCUUCUACGCAGAGUGCGCGCAAAUGGAGAUAGAAGAUUAUGACAACUACGAAAAAGCACUGGAGGCUCUAAAAGAAGCUUCUCGUUGCAUCGCUAAGUCGUCAGAUCCCGAAAUAGGAUCCCAAACAUUAGCCCUUCAGGAACAAAGUUCAUUUUUGAAACGCUUUAUAGAGGUGAAAAAGCUGCUAGAAGGGGGAGAUAUUAAUGCAGGUGUUGCCAGUGGCCAGCAGCUUAUCCACGCGAUAAGUGGACGACCCGGGUUGCUAUCGGAAGAAAAAAUACUCAAAUUGUUAAUCCAGCACGCUCCCAAUCAUCAUGAUGCCGAAAGGUUGGAGCAAAGACUAAAACUGUUACAACAAAAACCACCACAAGAAGAUACUGAAUCUACAGAUUCGCCGGAACAAAGUAUUGAAGAAGUGAUUUAGGAAUUAAGAUACUUUGAUUAGUAAGAAACGUUUGUAUGAAUACAAUUUUUUUAUACUGAAAAAUCUA